CAAGGGAGGAACCUUUAUCCGAGGAGAACAAAAGUCUCGGGUUCUCCGUGAUUUGCCAUUGGAGGAUGUGCAGACUAUAUAUAUACACACACAUCAAGUCACGUAUGUUUUUCAUAGAGUUGCAGUCAAGAUGAGGCUGCUGUUGGUUCUUCUCUUCUCAGCGUUGGGCUGUGGUCUCGCAGGAGGACAGCUUGUGUCCAAAUGUGACCUAAUGAAGGCGUUUCAGGUUCUGGCGGAGGAUGAAAAGCAGCACGGACUGACUAUGGACUUAGUGGCUAAGAUUGUGUGCCACGCGGAGCUGGCAUCGGGCUUUAACACCAGCGCGGUGACUGAGUUGACCCCCAGGGGCGAACAUCACAGUCGGGGCAAGAGGCAAGUACCGUCUGGGGACCUUCCAACACCCGCUGACCGUCCAUCACGAGCCACCAAACCCCCACCGGCCACCAAGCCUCCACCUGCCACCAGACCACCACCAGCCACCAAGCCUCGACCCACCACCGGACAGCCACUAGGCACCAAACCUCCACAAGCCAACAGUCCUCCACCAGCCACCAAGCCUCCACCAGCCACAAACCUUCCACACGUGGUGAGCAAUCCCAUUACAAAAGGCCGGGUGCGACGGGGCGCCCGCCGUCAACCGCCUCCUGAACUGGAAAAUGUUGAGGACCUUCCAAUCAAACCUCCAACGGCCACCAAGCCUCGACCGACCACCAAGCCCCAACCGAACACACCACACUCCAGCCGGGAGCGACGGCUCGCCCGCCCUCCACACGUGGUAAGCAACGAGACAGAGGACGAGUCGGUCUGGACUCUCUACGGUCUUUUCCAGCUCAGCAAUCACCUGAUCUGCAGCGACGGCACGACUCCGUCACCCAACAUCUGUGAGGUGGACUGCAAAGACCUUGUUGACGGAGACAUACAGGACAACAUCAGCUGUGUGUUGAAGGUCAUCAGCCAACUUCUUGAAAAUGGUUUUGGGGUGGCCAACCGCGACGAGUUAAUAAGAAUGAUCAGGCUCAUCUUCCAGCCGGAGUGCAGCAGGAAGACGGCCUCCGACUACUUCGCUGAGUGUCUGUAGUGUCUUUACUCACUGGAAGGAUGAACCUGUAUGAGUGGGAUGUAUGAUAUAUAAAGUCAAGCAUGUUGCACUUGUGUUUUUGUGUCUAUGAUCUAAAAAAUAAAAAGCAUUGUGGGAAAAAAGUGACACAGUGUGGACAGAUGGAGGAAUUUCCUCCAAAAUAGGCCCAUUGAUAAUGAUUAAAAUCCUUUAAAAUGGACUAUUAACUAUACUUUUAAAAUGAAACAAAUUACUAGUUUUACUAUUACUUGCUAUAUAUGUAAAGAAGACUCACAUAUGUAG